CUUACCUGAAGGGAAGCCCAGUACUAUGAGGAAAUACUUCACGAAUGUGGGCUUCGCCGUUGGCGUCUUGUUCAAAGUAUGCAACACGUUAUUACUGUCACGGGCUGAAUUGGAAGGACAUUCGAUCAAUCAGGAUGAGACAACCCCACCCACAUGUGAAGUAACAAGCACUUGUUAGAGGCCCCUUGUCACACCAGCUCAGACCAGCCACCUGGACACAUACACCAAGUUGUCAAGCUGUCUUGUUAAAGGUGUUGUGCAGAUAGGCCGAAGUAAUGAUGGCGUACUCCUCCAUAUUGCCAUACACGUGUGUGUAUAUUGAUUGUGAUGCAAAGGACUUGACUUCUGCUGUAUCAAAAUGUAUGAGCUUUGACAAGGACAGAAAUGGUUUGAUAAGAGAGUUACAAAAUCUAUGGACAUCCCACACAAACCCAAACCCAGUGAUACCAUGUCUCUCUGUCAGAAGUGGCUUUGACCUUUUCCUCACAGUUAUGAAUUUUCCACCACAGUCGGAGAUCAUAAUGUCUGCUAUCAACAUUCCAUCAAUGGCUUAUAUUUUACGGGAACAUGGAUUAAAGAUUGUGCCACUAGAUGUAAACAUCGAAGAUGUUGCUCCCAAAACGGAAAGGAUGACAGAUCUACUGACAGACAAAACUGUGGCCAUUUUGGUUUCUCACUUGUAUGGCAAGAUGUUUGACAUGGAACCAAUCAUACAUUUUGCCAAGAAACAUAAACUUUAUGUGGUAGAAGAUUGUGCAGAAGCAUUUUGCGGCUUCAGUCAUAUUGGACACCCUGAAAGUGACAUCUCACUAUUCAGCUUUGGCGUCAUCAAGUUCUAUACCUCAUUCGGAGGAGGCAUAGCUAAAGUGAGAGAUCAGGAUGUUUACCAGAAAAUGUUAGACCUCCACAACUCCUACCCAACUCGAACCAAUGGAGAGUAUCUCAAGAAGAUUCUCAAGUAUUCCUUGGUUUACAUAUUUCUUAACUGUCCAAGUAUUAUCAAACCUCUUGUUUUCGCAUCUCGAAGUCUGGGAAUAGAUCACAAGAAGAAGGUGAUCAAGAUGCUGCGAGGGUUUCCAGAGGAUAUGAUGGCCAAGAUUCGGCACCGCCCCUCCACAGCGUUAUUGGACAUGAUGCUGGAGAGACAGUCUAACUUCUCCAUGGCAGAGUUUUGUACACGGCGCCUCAAGGGGGAGUAUGUACAGCACCGUCUGCCCGAGGACAUUGAGAUUGUUGGGGCAGGCCUUGAACACAACAACUAUUGGCUGUUUCCUAUACUUGUGGACAAUCCUGACAAUUUUGUGGAACAACUAAAUGCAUUUGGUGUCGAUGCCUACCGCGGUGCAACACAGCUCAACAUUAUCGAACCUGAAAACGGCAACUCUACAAUGCAUCCUGCUGCAUCUGUGAACCAGCGCUACCCUCACGAGGCCAAGUAUCUCAUUGACCAUGUUGUGUACCUGCCAGUCAACAAAACUGUGCCUUUCCAUGUCCUUGACCAGCUGAUCAAGGUCAUCAAGAUGGCGGUCAUGCUUAGCAAGACACAAACUGACUCUCACCAGGUCAAACUGGUAUCUAAGCUGUAGGCUGUGAUCACAGGAUGUGAAUGUCUGUUUAUUGUUGAUGUUUCCUAAUAUUGUGAAGAAGUCAAUUUGUUUGGGAGUUAGGACCUUGAGAAAUAUUAGGUACAGUGAUCGCUCGCUAUUGCGCUCUUCGAUAAAGCGCUACCUCGGUUACUACGCGCGGUAACGCAUGGCUCCCAAAAUUUAUGUACACUUUUAUUACUGAGAGUUUUACACAGACAUAAUUGUA